AUGUUAUCCGGCAUCCUCGUCUUCAACCAGAAAGGCGAGAACCUCAUAUUUCGUGCAUUUCGCAAUGACUGUCGCCCGCGCCUCGCCGAUGUCUUCCGCAUCCAAGUCAUCAGCAACGCCCAAGUGCGUUCGCCCAUCUUGACCCUGGGUAGCACCACUUUCAGCCAUGUUAAACACGAGAACAUCUACCUGGUGGCCAUCACCAAGAGCAACGCCAAUGCCGCUCUAGUGUUCGAGUUCCUCUAUCGCCUAAUCCAGCUGGGGCGCGGUUACUUUGGCAAAUUUGACGAGGAGGCGGUUAAGAAUAACUUUGUCCUUGUGUAUGAGCUUUUGGACGAGAUCAUCGACUUUGGCUACCCCCAAAACACCGAGACCGAUACGCUCAAGAUGUACAUCACCACCGAAGGCGUCAAGUCGGAGCGAGCUGCCGAAGACUCGGCCAAGAUCACAAUGCAAGCUACGGGGGCUCUGUCCUGGCGCAAAGCCGACGUUAAAUACCGCAAGAACGAAGCCUUCGUUGAUGUCAUUGAGGACGUGAACCUGCUGAUGAGCGCCACAGGUGCGGUGCUCCGCGCCGACGUUACCGGUCAGAUCAUCAUGCGCGCCUACCUCAGCGGGACCCCAGAGUGCAAGUUCGGUCUCAACGACCGCCUGCUACUCGACAACGACGGCUUGUCAAGCCUCCCGAGUGGUAACCGGAUGGGUAGCAAGGCGACCAAAGCCGCCGCCGGCAGUGUUACGCUGGAAGACUGUCAAUUUCACCAGUGCGUCAAGCUCGGUAAAUUCGACAGCGACCGCAUCAUCAGCUUCGUGCCACCCGACGGCGAGUUCGAGCUUAUGCGCUACCGCGCAACCGAAAACGUCAACCUACCCUUCAAAGUGCACGCAAUCGUUAACGAGGUCGGCAAGACCAAGGUCGAGUACAGCAUUGGCGUGCGCGCCAACUUUGGCUCCAAGCUGUUCGCCACAAACGUCGUCGUCCGCAUCCCCACGCCGCUCAACACCGCCCGCAUCACUGAGCGUUGCACCCAGGGGAAGGCCAAGUACGAGCCAUCCGAGAACAAUAUUGUGUGGAAGAUUGGCCGCUUCACCGGUCAGAGCGAGUAUGUACUGAGCGCCGAGGCCGAGCUGAGCAGCAUGACGAACCAGAAGGCCUGGAGCCGGCCCCCGCUGAGCCUCAACUUCAGUCUCCUGAUGUUUACCAGCUCAGGCUUGUUGGUGCGCUACCUGAAAGUGUUUGAGAAGAGCAAUUACUCCAGUGUAAAAUGGGUACGGUAUAUGACAAGAGCUGGGAGUUACGAGAUCAGGUUUUAA